AUCCACAAUUUAAUUAAUAAACGACACAUGUCCUCCAAACCAAAAAAACAUAGACACACUGCCAUUUGUACAUCAUUUCUACCCCAUCAUCUAACCUCACCUUAUCUUUCUGCUUCUUCCCUUAAUUCUCAAAACCCAUCUCACAAAUUUCUCCAUCUCUAGAAAAAAUUGAAGCUUUCAAUAUUAUUAAUUAUUCCUCACUUUGAUCACACAUUCUGUUGUUAACUGCACAAAAAUGUCUGGUGGAAUUGGCCCUACUGGCUGUGACAUUAGCCUACCAAAAGAACAAGAAGAAGUUGAACACAAAGAAAAACAAGACCAAACACUCAAGAAUCUCAACAAAUCCACCAACACCACACAACGCAAGGCCAGUUUCCUCUCAUUCAGACAACUCAAUUGUUUAGCUGUUGUUGUUGUCUUAUCAGCCAGUGGCAUGGUUAGCCCUGAAGAUUUUGCCUUUGUUGUUUUCUCCAUUUUCUACAUGUACUUCAUGUCAAAAGUUGCUUUUCCAUCUCUUCACCCUUUAAAAGAACCACCAAUUUUCAAUCCACAAAACAAACUCCUUCAACUUUAUGUCUUCAUUGGAGCCAUCGUUGGACUUUAUGCACCUAUAGCUUAUAUUUUACAUGGAAUAUUUGAAGGUGAUAAAGAAGGUAUCAAAGCAGCUUCACCCCAUGUUUUUCUUUUGGCUAGUCAAGUUUUCAUGGAAGGAGUUGCAUUCUCAGAUGGAUUUUCAUCUCCAAUAAGAGCUUUUGUUCCUGUUAUUUAUAAUGCAAGAAGGGUUUUCACUAUUGUUGAUUGGUUUAGAGAUGAGAUUUACAAGGUUGAUGAAGAACAUAGUGGUUCUUAUAGAAGGAUCUAUGCUGGAAGAGCACUUGCUGUGGCUAAUAUGGCUUUUUGGAGCUUCAAUUUGUUUGGAUUUUUGUUACCUGUUUAUCUUCCUAAAGUUUUUAAGUCAUAUUACUCUGGCACCACCAAAGUAAAUUAAGGAAUUAUUAGGUAGCUAUAGGGUGUUCAUUUAUCCAUGUUUUGAUAGAAUAUAUUUUAUUUUGAUGAUGUAUAAGGUCUUGAACCAUGAUUUUCCUGCUCAUUAGUGUAUGAUAUUUGCAUAGUAAUAUAUGGUUUUGGCUGUAGAAAUACA